AAAACAUGACCGGAAUGUAAUGCUUCGCUUGUCUGGCCUGAUAAGCGGGGACGGAUUGGAUACAUGUCAUGUCCAUCACUAUCCCGUCGUCGUAUUCUUCAAGCAAACAUCCUCUCGCAUUCAUUUCCCGAACGACGUUCAUCGUUCUCCGCGUACGCACCACAUAGAAUUGAUCAACGAGGGGGUAUCUCUGAAAGGGAAAAAGUGAAGAGCAGCUAGUAUUGACCUUCAAUUCAGGAGUUUCCAAGAGAGAGUAUCGAAAUCCUAAUCUAUUGAAUGAUGAACUAAUACUUGGCAGUCAUGACUGAUGUGGCAUAAUGGAAGGACAAGUUCAUGCGCGUUGUCUCCAAAUAUAUCAUCUCUUUUCUGGGGAUUAAGAGUAAAAUUUUCAAUGGUGGCCCCUAAAAUCUCCCAGCAUCCAAUUAUAUGCUAUAGGCAAAUUCAACCUUCUGAUUUAGAGAUUUUAGAGCAACUACAUGGUGACAUAUUUCCUAUUAGGUACGAGUCUGAGUUUUUCCAGAAUGUUGUUAAUGGACAUGAUAUUGUGUCCUGGGCAGCAGUUGAUCGUAAUCGGCCCGAUGGUCACAAUGAUGAACUUAUUGGAUUUGUAACUGCACGAAUUGUCAUGGCAAAGGACACAGAGAUUGUGGAUUUCCUUAGAUAUGAUUCCUCAAAACCUGAUCAAACAUUAGUCUACAUUUUGACACUGGGAGUAGUAGGAAGUUACAGAAACGUUGGCAUAGCAUCUUCGCUUAUCCAGGAGGUCAUCAAAUAUGCUUCAAGUAUUCCAACUUGUCGUGCUGCUUACUUGCAUGUUAUUUCAUACAAUAAUCCUGCCAUUCAUUUGUACAAAAAACUGUCAUUCAAGUGCGUACGAAGGCUGCAUGGGUUUUACCUGAUCAACGGCCAACAUUAUGAUUCCUACUUGUUUGUUUAUUAUGUAAAUGGCAGUCGUUCCCCUUGCUCACCAUUAGAGCUUGUCAUGUUUCUGGUGAGUUAUAUCAGUGGUGGUCUCAAGUCAAUAGCUGCAAGGCUGAUGGGUGAAGAGAGGAUGAUAAAGUGGCCCAGAUCUAGAAAAACUCAGUGUCUUAUAUCCAUGCAGAACAAAAGAAACCCAACAUCGGAGUAUACCGGGUGUGAAUACGUGUGACACGAAUCUCUUUAUCUUGUGAUAAUAAGAGACAUGGUGUGGAAAUUCAACUACCGGAGUAUACUCCUUCCUUCUGGCCCUUAUUUGUUUCAGCCAUGAAAUAAUGCCUGUAAUAAAUCAAGAGCUGACCAUGAUCUAUUGAUCUGCUUUGGUUUGCUUGAUUUUCUACUUGCUCAUCAGGAUGGUUGAAAAACUUGUAUCUUGUCAUCCAACCUGUAAGACUGUAACUGUAAGCUUAGUGUGUAAUAUAUAUAUGGUUCUAGGACUAUUCCCAGGAAGGAAGGAAUGCAGAUUGUUGGUCUUAAUUGAUUGUGAGUUUUGUGCUAA